UUAUCCGUCGUCCAGGGGGGUGGGGGGAAUCACGAGCCCGACCGAGAAAUUCCCCUCCAUUUCUCCUGGUCCUGGCUCAGCCCAGUUCCCUCCCUCCUCGAUCGUCUCCUCCCGUGGCCGUGGGGGACGCAGUCGCACGCAACAGCCCGCAGCCACUCACCGCGGCCGCGCACGGCACAGUUACGCACGCAGGCGCCCAAUGGCUGCGUCACUCCGCUCGCCGCCUCCGCUCGCCGCCGCCUUCCGCCGCUCCCGCGUCGUCGUCCGCGCCUCCUCCUCCUCCUCCUCUUCGUCAUCAUCCGCCGUCUCGUCGUCAUCGUCCGCCCCCAAGGCGCGGUUUGUUGCCCGCCGCUCCGAGUCCGUCCCCGUCCAGCAGCUGGCCCGCCCGCUCGCGGAGUACAUGAGCUUGCCGGCCAGCCAGUACUCGGUGCUGGACGCCGAGCGCAUCGAGCGCGUCGACGACUCCACCUUCCGGUGCUAUGUGUACCGCUUCCGCUUCUUCGCGCUUGAGGUCUGCCCCGUCCUCCUCGUCCGCGUCGAUGAGGAACCCGACGGCUGUUGCAUUCGCCUCCUCUCCUGCAAGCUGGAGGGGUCACCGCUCGUGGAGGCCCAAAAUGAUAAAUUCUCAGCUUCCAUGGCGAAUAGGGUUUUCUGCAGCAGCAGGUCGCAAGAUUCGACCAUUCAACAGCUUACAUCAGAUACUACAAUAGAGGUUGCAAUCGAUAUACCUUUUCCAUUUCGAGCAAUACCAGUUGAAGCCAUUGAAUCAAGUGGCAGGCAAGUGCUUGAACAGUUACUCAGAGUCAUGCUUCCAAGAUUUCUAAAGCAGCUUGUUAAAGACUACCAAGCUUGGGCUUCUGGUGAUGCUUCGAGGAAACCACUUGGCACUGGGGAAAUCUGAAGCUGCCCAGUGGCUCCACUAGCACUAGGCAUGAUAGGUUAUUCGUUGAAUUCAGUUAUCACCUCCUUGUUUGUAUAGCAAUCCUGCCCAAACGUUAUCCACUUCACUCAUGACAGUUCUUUAACUUGUUGAAAUUAGCCAUUGCCACUUGUUUUUUUGGUUCCAGUUAUUCAGCAGCCUUGGUCUGAAGAUGGCUGAUCGAGCACUCACACUGGAAAUUACAGUAUCUGAUCUGGCAUUUGUGCCCGCGUUUGUACUCACACUGAAGAUUACAGUAUCUGAAGAUUUGCGUAUACUCCAACUCCAUAUGUGAAGUGAUAUGUUUUGUAAGGAAACUAGUUACUGUAACCACGCAAGGAGGGAAGUAUAAACUGAAACGUUUCAUAAACAGUGUUACCCCUGUGAUGGUUAUGGUACUUUGAUCUGGGGCGCGGUGUUGCCUCCGUCAGCAUUUGCCGUCGAAUAAACGCUGUCUCGUAAAACGACACUAAUACUCCUGUGUAGGCUGUACAUUUCAUU